GGAAGUUUGUCCAACUCUCCACACGUCACUCGACGGCCGACAACGAGUCCGACGACAGUGAAAUUCAGUUUUGGUGAUAGUGUUCAGUGAAUUUGUUGGCGAAAAUGCAAAUUCCCAAUGAAUAUGUGUCGACGGCGGAGGACAUAGCAGACCAGGUAAUCAGAAAGUUGAAGCAUGUACUGCCAACAGUGGCACGACUGUGCCUCAUCUCCACUUUCCUUGAAGAUGGCCUCCGUAUGUGGUUCCAAUGGUAUGAACAGCGUGAUUACAUGGACAUGUCGUGGGGAUGCGGUAAAUUCCUUGCAACAGUGUUUGUGAUAGUAAAUUUAUUCGGCCAGCUCGGCGGCUGCGUUAUGGUGCUUGGGAGGUUAAAAGUGGACAUCGCUUGCGGGAUGCUGUUCUUCAUAGUUGUGUUACAGACAUUUGCGUACAGUAUACUGUGGGACGUGCAGUUCCUAUUAAGAAACUUGGCUCUCAUUGGCGCAUUAUUGUUAGUGCUGGCUGAAGCGAGGGCGGAAGGUCGCAGUCUAUUCGCGGGCGUGCCUUCCCUCGGAGAGAACAAGCCAAAAACGUACUUGCAGCUCGCUGGGCGUAUCCUGCUAGCGUUUAUGUUCAUCACACUUCUGCGAUUUGAAGUAUCCUUCUUACAGAUAGUCCAGGACCUGCUGGGCAGCAUCCUCAUGGUGCUGGUGACGGUGGGGUACCGCACCAAGCUGUCGGCGCUGAUGUUAGUGCUCGUGCUGACCGUGCUCAACCUGUACCACAACGCGUGGUGGAUGGUGCCCAACUACAAGCCGUUGAGGGACUUCCUCAAGUACGACUUCUUCCAGACCCUCUCUGUGAUCGGCGGGCUCCUCAUGAUAGUGUACCUAGGGCCCGGCGGCGUCAGUAUGGACGAACACAAGAAAAAGUGGUAGGGCCGCCGCCGCGCGGGCCCGUGCAGAGACUGUAUUGCAAUAACAUUGUUGACGGUGCGUUGAUGUGGUGUGACGGCUGUGUGUGUGAACAUGCGACAAUCCCGCUGGGCCUUUAGAAUGCUACGACAUUGUGUCUCACUGACCGAUUAUUGACAAAAAGUACUAAUGAAAAAAAUUUACGAGUGAAUUAAAUCCACUUUUCACAUCAAAUUAAAAAUACUUUAUUGCACGCAAAAACAAAAUAGAAAUAAAAAAAAUUACAAAUGUACAAGGAAUUUUAAUUUGCGUAACAAAGGCGACCUAAUCAGUUGUAGGAGGUAGUUCAAAAAAUAAAAAGGUUCAACUAAUUUAAAUUUGCGUAACAAAGGCGGUCUUAUCACUAUAUGGUGAUAAGGGGCCAUUCAAGUAAUACGUAUGCACUAUAUUCUUUGUUUUGCUUAUUUUUGAUGACAUGACGGCGGGGGCGAUGAUUACGUCAGCAGUAGUUAUUUUUUUACAUAAUAUUAUAGCGACACAUUAAAAGAAAAAUGCGUAAGUUUAUAGUAGGGCAAGAGGGGUUAAAAGCCUUUAAUUGAAAUAAACCUGCUUACAUUAUAACUUUUUGAAAUAUUAACUCACAUAUGUAUUUAUACUGCCAAUUGAGAUAGAGGGUCCAAUUUCGUUACACAAAUAUGAAAAAAUUUAAAUUUGCCAAAAAAAUAAAAAUAAAUUCGUAAACACCCAAGAACUCUAUUUUCACCGAGCGAUGAGAUAACGUAAUUUGAAAGACAACUCACAAUGCAGGGGUGUGCAAAUUUUAUUUAUUUUAAAAUUUUAAUAAACAUUUAUUUAAUUUUUUAUAUUAGUACUAUGACCAAUGAGACACAAUUGCGAAAGUAGACCGAGGGCCCUGUUUGUGUGACUGCUUCUAUCGCCAAAAGGCAUUACAGGGGUACUAUAACCAGGGACGUUAUGGAUUUGAUAUGGACACGGAUACAUGAACAACUAUCAGUUUCACCGCGAAUACUUCUCAUGCAAAGUACCAUCCGCAAUAUUACUUGGUUUGAUCGGCUUCUUGAUGUUCUUAUUGUGGUGUUAAAUGACCUCAACACUUCCUCAAAAAUUGGACUACUCAAAUUUGAAACGAUUUUUCCAAUCCCACUGAUAGUUUUCGAGAUAAGCGCGUGUAAAAAAACACAUAAUAUAUUGCUGAGUUUGUUUUCUUCUCGGUGGAAUUUCACCUUGACUCGACGUUGAAAAAGUGCUAAAAAAGGACAUUUUUGAUUGAUAUUUUUUUGUGGAUCCGGUAGUUUCAUCCCUCCAUAACAACCCUGACACUAAUUUUCUUUUAUCUUCGAUCAGUAAUAGUACUAGAUAUAACGAUAAGCUUCCGAAAACGGCGCGAAAAUAAGAGCAUAUAGUCAUGUGUUCUUAUUUCAAAUGAAUAUGUUCCAACCAUAGCCAACGUGAUUACUUAGACGUUAAGUUUUGUUUUAGAAUAAAUAUUUUUGUACUUAGAAAUGAGUUUUUAUUUACGAUCGACAUUCUCUUUUUUUGUGUUACCCUUUCUCCGAUGAUAGAAGGUUUUUAUAAAUAUUUCGCUGCCGCAAUUAAAUCUAGAAUUCUGAAUUUUGCUGCUGCUGUCGAUAUCAUAAAACUUUUUUCUACAUUUCGUUCUUUAAUAUAAAUAGUGUAAACGUGUUCACCUAAACAAUGUAUUAUUGGACUUGAUCCAAUCUAGUACUAUUGUUGAUCGAAGUUUUUAUUAAUAUCUUUUUUAUUAAGUGUCAGUUCUCUCUAUACAAAGUAAUGAAUCGCAAUGUAAUCCGUUUAAAAUUUGAAAGAGAGCAAUGAAAUGCCUUUAUUUAUUUUUUUAUUACAAUCAGUACAUCUGUUAAAAUGUUAAGCCAUUAUUGGUACGUCGAUAAGACGGUUGUAUGUGAACAUGCGACGGUAUCUGUUCAAAUGUAUACAUUAUUGAUGGUACGUCGAUUAGACGAUUGUAUGUGAACAUGCGACGGUAAACUAUUUGUGUGACUGCUUGCAUCGCUAAAGGCAUUGCAGGGUACAAACGUUCUUUUUUUUUAAAUUAAUUUUAGUAAAAUAAAAAUAAAUUGUAAACGUUAACAUUUCUUAAACCUAUAGCUUUCUUUUAAUAAUUUCCUCUAUACCCAUAUCGCACCGUAUGUGUGUCGAAUGAAGCUCAUUCUGAUAAUAAUUCCCGAUUUUCGUCUCCUUGAUGUCUUUCGGCUGUAAGAAUAGAUUGAAUAAGUUGUCUGAUGUUGCACGGGAUAUGAACAUUAGCGAUCUUUAACACGUACAUAUUUAUCUAUUCAAUUCGACAAUUAAUGUAAUAACUAUUUUUAUACCCCCUUUUGGAAGGUGAGCCCUGCACACAGCCCUGGGCUGAGGUGGAUGAUAUUUCUCUACAAGACAUCAUAAAAUAUAAGUCAUUAUUAAUUAUAUCGACAAAUAAAUUUAAUAUGAGCUGAUAUUGUUAUUUUUCAAUUUGACAUACUUCCAUAUUUCCGCAAGAAAGCGUCCGGGUUUCCCCAUGUCAUCCCAUCCGUGGACAAGACGAUUUCCUUUUUUUAUUCUCCUACCUACGCGUAAAAAGGUAUCCUUCAAAGAUCAGUUUGGGUUUACGUGAGUGUUUAUACUAGUAAUCGGAACAGAACGUUAAAAAGGUUUCUUACUUGGACUAGUGAGAUUUGGUAAGAUGUGCUGUACCCCCAAACCAGGGCCUCAUUAUGAAGUAGCGUUAAUCAAUAAAUAGAGGCCUUUCCUAAGUCUUACAAGCAAUCUUGAAACAAUAACGUUUAAGCCUAUAAAAAAGCUUAUCUGAACUUAUUUAUUAACUUCUUAACAAUUUGAAAAUAAACUUUACACUUAACUAAAAGAUUGUAUACAUCAUAAGACAACUAGGAAAAAAUAGACUGUAUCACUAAUUUGAGAAGGUCGCUUUAAUGUUGCCAGUCAAAAAAAACUAGCAAUAAAGGAAAAAAAAAAGAAGAAACUGUGGAGUGUUCAAGAUCGCGUGCUUAUAUCUUAUGCCGUGUCUAUAUAGUACAUGUAAAUAUUAUGACGUGGUGAAGUUUUUUACGAUACUGAAUUUUAUAUAUAUAUACACAGCUUAGUUGUUUUUAUAAUAACAGUUAAUAAGCACAUACCCAUAAUCGGUCUUAUUAUGUGUUUAAUAUAACUGCCAUACUACCUAACAGAUUAGCCCUUGUCUUAAUCUUAUACUGCAUCAUCACUUACCACCAGGUGAGGUUCCAGUCCAGGGGUAACUUUUAGUAGAAUAAAAAAAUCUUUUUAAUCGAAUUUGAAUAUUACAAAAAACAAAAUAUCCCGAUUAGAAAUCCUACAGUUAUCUCAACCCUACUAGUGGGGAGUCGUUCUAGAUAAAAGAAAUAGAUAUGCAUUCCAAAAAAUAAUAUCCCACUUUCUAUUGAUUGUCAAAGAUACAUUGAUUUAAAUGCAAGGCAAUGUUGUUUGUUGGUUAAUUUUGUCUUCCAUUGUAUAUAGAGAUAAACUAAAAUUUUACUGAUUUGUCGUAAAAACAUGGCAACUUUUUACUAUUUGAAAGGUUUAUUAUUUGAACAUUUUACUACAACUAAUGAUAAGAAAUAUAAUAAAAACGGUAAAGGAAUUAUUUUUUCGUAUGAAUGACAGAAACAGAAACAAAGAUAUCGCUUGCAUUAGCUAAAGGGUGUUUCUUACUGCACCGAAGUAAUGUAACCAUGCACCGAAGAAAAAAAAUGCCGAAUAUAAGGAGAUUGGUUCAAAUCAACAUUGAUAACAAAGUCUUUGGAAAGUUAAUCUUUUGUUUAAAUAAGUCCAAUAAAUAAUUUUUGUUUCAAUUUGCGGUUGUAAAUAAUCGGUGCGAGUAAGUGUUAUUUCAUUCAAUUAUAUUUACAUAGUUUGUAGGAAAACUAACAUUAUUUACUAUGAUAUUUAUAAUAAAUAAUUAUGGUAUUACCUAUUCCUCCAACUUCUGUGUAGUUGGAGGAAUAGGUACAAUUAUUGAAAUAACUUUAUUUUUGACCGAGUUCCCGAUUGUGGUUUGGUUAAAACGUGUGAACCUUACCUAGCUGUAGAGAGGUAUAUUUAUGUAUACGUUUACAGAUGUAUUAAUGAAUUUGUAUGAAUUUAAUGUAUUGUUCACUCAUGUACCCCUACAGCUAGGUUGAAUUAAAUCAACAUAGCACAAAAUCUACUAUCGGCUAAUGAAAUGUUUAGGAUUAUGAUGAUGAAGAAUUGUGUCAUUUAGAUUUUUAUAUGUUACUUGUACAACACAAAAAUUAUGCAAUUGGGAAACUAAUAUAUUUUAGUAAAAAAAACAGGCCAAAAAGCCAUUUAAGUGAACAAGCUUGUAAUGUUAAAGUGAGAUCAGUGGCGCUGCCUUACUGUACGAUAUACAAACUGUGUUUAUUUUGGUACAGUCGUCAACUUAUUCCCUUAUAUUAUAAUAAAACUUCCAUUUGAAUGCUAUAUUUUUAUAUAAAGCAAAUAUUUCUGUUAAAAAUUAAUUUAAUUCCUAAUUUACUAUCAAUUUUGUAUAAAAUGUUCUUAUGAACUGACCUCUGAUUUGUAGAUUCACGUCACAAGAGUUGAAAACUGGACGGUGUCGGUUUAAAGGGUAGUGAGAAAGAACUUUUUUUUUAUUUGUUUUACAAGUUAGCCGUUGACUGCAAUCUCUCCUACAUAUUUUAUCCAUAUGUCAAAAGGUAUGUUAUAUACCUAUAUUUAUUUAAACUGAAGAGGGAAAGAAGUUGUUGGUAUUUAAAUUGACCUUAUUAGUUUUAUUUUUAUUGGUUCGUUAGUUCCUGAAUUUAAGUGGGGAUCACAAAUAUAAAAUAACAUUGUUUCCGAUCUUUUAACUUUCGUGGCGUGAAUGGUGUGUACAGUAUAGAUAGCAGUUGUGUUUUGUUUUAUAUUUUUACAGUGAUUAGACAUUUAACCGCACUUAGCCAUGCUGUUAACUGUCAGCGACGCCACUAGUCUGUACAUGGUAAAUCAAAACGGUCUUUAGACGAAUUAGUUUAUAGAAAGCACUUUUGAUGUGACAACAAUUUUUUAUUGUAGACACCGACCUCUAUGAUAACCCCUGUCACUUUGUUAUUGUCUCUGAACGACGCCAUUUUGCCGCUGUAAGUGUGAAAAUACGUGUAUCCAAGGAACUAAAUAGCGGUGCGAUCCUUUUGGCUAUUACUUCACCCGGACAACCCACUAACUUUUUAGAGUUACGUGCGUUUAAAGAUACAAAUAGCACUUGCCUUAAAGAUGAAGACUAACAUAUUGAGAAGAACUGCAUGCUCGAGUGUAAUCCGUAAUGUUCUCAAAGACAUGUGAAGUGUUGUUAUAAUAACAGUUAAUAAGCACAUACCCAUAAUCGGUCUUAUGUGUUUAAUAUAACUGCCAUACUACCUAACAGAUUAGCCCGCUUCUUAAUCUUAUACUGCAUCAUUGCUUACCACCAGGUGAGGUUCCAGUACAGGGCUAACUUUUAGUGGAAUAAAAAAAUAUUUUUAAUCGAAUUUGAAUAUUACAAAAAACAAAAUAUCCCGAUUAGAAAUCCUACAGUUAUCUCGACCCUACUAGUGGGGAGUCGUUCUAGAUAAAAGAAAUAGAAA